AUGUAUCAGACAGACGAGGCAGCCGCUUCCAAGGUCGAGAAGAGCAGGUUUGAAUCGUCCAUCAGUGAGCUGAAGAAGACAGCGUUCGUGACCGCCGCCGAUAUAGAACGAUAUGGCGAUAGUGGAGUCACAGAAGAGUAUACGAAGGCCUAUCGGAGAUCUCUGGAAGAUCCCGAAGGCUUUUGGGCGGAGGUGGGCCAUGAGUUGACUUGGACCAAGCCUUGGGACCGGGUGUUGGACAACACAAAUCCACCUUUCACCAAAUGGUGGCCCGGAGGCGAGAUGUCCGUGUGUUACAAUGCAGUGGAUCGUCACGUAGAAGCUGGUAGUGGGGACAAAAUAGCACUUGUGCAUGACUCUCCUCUCACGGAUACCGUUCGCCGCAUCACUUAUACGGAACUACUGGACCAGGUAUCAAGACUAGCAGGGAAGCUGUUGGAACUGGGGGUGAGCAAAGGUUGCCGGGUGCUCAUCUACAUGCCACUGAUCCCAGAAGCUGUAGUUGCCAUGCUUGCAACUAACAGAAUUGGUGCCAUCCACUCAGUCGUUUUUGGCGGUUUUGCGGCCAGAGAGCUCGGAACUAGAAUCGAGCACGCGGAACCUACUGUUAUCAUUGCCGCCAGCUGUGGAGUGGAACCUAACAAAAUUGUAAGAUACAAAGAUAUCCUCGACGAAGCGCUGUGCCAAAGCUCGCACCAGCCACGCAGUUGCAUCAUAUUCCAGCGGCGCCGUGUGCUGGAAUGCAAGCUGGAGGCGGAACGCGACAUCUGUUGGCAGGAAGCGUUACUAGCAGACCCAGUGCCCUGCGUCCCCGUCGAGGCUAACGAACCUCUGUACAUCUUGUACACAUCAGGCACAACGGCAGACCCGAAAGGGGUCCAGCGCCCCUGUGGCCACGCCGCCACGCUGUGCUGGUCCAUGCACGCGGUGUACGGCCUCCGCAAGGGGGUGUGGUGGGCGGCGUCGGACCUCGGCUGGGUCGUGGGCCACUCGUACAUCUGCUACGGGCCUCUGCUCGCCGGCCUCACGUCCGUCCUGUACGAGGGCAAGCCGGACAGAACUCCCGACCCUGGACAGUACUUCAGAAUCAUCGAGCAGCACCGCGUGAACGCGCUGUUCACGAUCCCGACUGCGUUUCGAGUGCUGAAGCGAACCGACCCCAACGCUAAGUACUCGCGCCGCUACUGCAGCAAGAGCCUGCGUACGGCGUUCAUCGCAGGCGAGCACUGCGACCAGGACACGAGGAACUGGGCGGAGAAAGUCCUGAAUGUGCCGGUACUGAAUCAUUGGUGGCAGACGGAGACGGGCUCCCCGGUCACCGCUGCAUGUCUAGGCUACGGGAUCAAAUCCGUGCCUCCGCAUUCUGCGGGGUAUCCCGUACCAGGUUAUGACGUGAGAGCGUUGAGGGAGGACGGAGUUGAAUGUCAGUCUGGUGAAGUAGGCAGGCUAGUGCUGAAACUGCCGCUGCCUCCCGGCUUUGCCUCCACUCUGUGGGAGGCCGACGAACGUUUCAAAAAGGUUUACUUCGAAUCUUAUCCGGGCUUCUACGACACGCAGGACGUGGGCUGGCUGAGCUCGGAGGGCGCGGUGUGGGUGGUGGCGCGCGCGGACGACGUGAUCAACGUCGCCGGCCACCGGCUCUCCACCGCCGCGCUGGAGGACGUGGUGCUGAGGCACGCGCGCGUGGCCGACGCGGUGGUGGUGGGCGCGCCGGACCCCACCAAGGGGGACGUGCCGCUCUGCCUCUACGUCAUGCGGCCGCCGCAGGACGACGAGGAAAUGGUAGCCGAGAGCACCGUGACGCAAGAGCUGAUAUCGCUAGUCCGCCACCUGAUAGGGCCUAUAGCGGCGUUCAGGAAGGCGGUCGCGGUGCCAGCGCUGCCUCGCACCAGGUCCGGGAAGGCACUUCGAGGCGCCAUAGCGAAGCUGGCCAGGUCCCAGCUGGUCAAGCUCCCAGCGACCGUUGAGGAUGCCACGGUCUUCAAGGAGAUAAAGCUCGCCUUGCAAAAGUGCGGAUACGCAGUCGACGCCCCAGAUCCGGAGUUGAGCUCGCAUAUU